AUGUCUACUCGGCUAGCCCCAGGCCUAGGGCUUCAGCUGAAACUGACGACCAAAUCUCUGCAGCCAUCACCCGUCUCACAGACAUUCAAACGGACAGCGGCUACAACUCUGAUGAGCCUCAAGCGGGAGGAACUAAUAGAACAAGAGAACUAUGCCAUUUCACGACAGUUAACGCGGCAGUGGAAAGUUGGCGAUGUCUACGCUCCUCACGACUUAAGUGCUGCCGAGGCUCGAAAAUGGAGAAAGAGAAACCGACCUAGGACCGAUGCUUUCGAUGCACUAUCGAUCAACCCCCUGAGCUUGUACAAGAAUUUCUCUGUGAUGUCCGAAUACAUGACGGAGAUGGGCCGUAUCCGGCAUUCCAGCUCUACCGGCCUGCGGCCUGUUAACCAACGCAAGGUUGCGAAGGCCAUUCGAAGGGCAAUUGCGUUAGGCCUGAUGCCUAGCGUCCAUAGACACCCGGAAUACAUCAAGAGCGAAAUGGAAGGGAAGAGAACAAGCAGUGGCAGGGUGUUCGCCUCAUAG